GACCCGAUCACGCAGUAUUAAGGUUAGUACACGCAGGAGCAUCCAUUACCAUUACCAUUAGGAAUUGAUUAGCAGGAUUUUGACUUCCUUUUCCACCCAGUUCCCGUUUCGAUAUAGAAAGACCCCUUCGCGUGAUUACACUUUUCAUUUCCCCCUUCGCCUGGAUGUGUCUUCCCCGAAUUCGUCCUGCGGCGCUUGAUCGGUUUUUUCGUGAUAGAUUCACGCUUUUACCUUCGCGUUGAAGAUAUAUUGACAAUAUUAUUUUAAUUUUUUCCACUUUCUUGGAGUACCAAAACAUUUCGUGUGUCCUAUCUUCUGUGGGACCACUAGAAAUCAUGACUGUCCACUCCGUCGUAAAUUUGAUUCAGGCCGCGGCAGACCGCAGUCCGGACCAUCCAGCCCUGCGGUACGUCGUGCGCGACGGGGAAAAAGAUCCACUACCAUGUGCUGAACCGCCAGGCGAAUCCUCUAUCGCUCGCGGUGAGCAGAACCACCUAGCCGUAUCUGCAUCACCGACGAGCACAACCAGCGGCACGUCCUCUUCCUCCUCUUCCAAGCGCCCCUCUUCGUCUUCGACGUAUAGCUACAGGAUCCGCAACCUUAGUUACGCUCCCUUCUGGACCAGUUGUCAACGAGUCGCGGACUUUCUCAAGAGUUCUUGUACAAGAAUUCCGCCAGAACAAGCAGUAGAGCGAGUACUACAGCAGCGGGAAGUAGGCGCCGCUCUUGAAGACGGGCCUUCUCGCUGCAACCGAAAGCACGACACAAGAUGUCAGAAAAUCGCCCUCGUCGCGAUUCCGGACUGCGGCCCGGUCUUGUCGAUUGCGCAAGUCGCGGUUCUCCACGCAGAGAUGAUUUUGGUGCACGCUGACCCGGGGGAUCCGCGAUUUUUUGACAUUGUGCAAGACUGCGCGCCAGAUUUUCUCCUAGUUGCGGGGUGGGACGGUGUUGUACCGCGAGACACCAAAAGCAAAAGUCCGAAUAGCCCCUUUUCCAGACUACUAGUAGAGAAGACCAACACCAAAAUUGUGGACGUCUCUGGAGUUCUGUUAGCACCAGCGCAAGAACAACUGGAGUCGCCAACGGGAAGUGACCUUCACGCAGAGCAAGAUCAUGUUGUGUUGACACCAGUACACAAGAAGAACGCGAUGAGUCAAGAUCUUUUCUCGCACAUCUACUACACUAGCGGGUCGACCGGCAAACCCAAGGGCUGCUUGCUGAGGCAAAGCGCGGUGCUGAACUACAGCCUGGCGAAGAACCACGUACACGAAGUCGAUAACUCCGCCGUCGUUCUUCUCCUUUCCAGUUGCACUUUCGACCCCCACCUCGGGGACACCCUCGCGACGUUGGCGGCUGGGGGCACGUUGGUAGUACCAAGGAAAAACGUAGCGGAGAGCUUUCUGGCGGGCGGGGAUUCGGAUUUUAUGCCGUCUCGGCCGGGACAAGACGGCGGGGUGACAAAGACACUUGCUGGUUCGUCGAGCGCAAGUAACGCUAAAAAGAAUGGAGAAAAAAACUAUGUCACCAGAACUCCUCUGUUGACGAAGUUCGAAGAGGUCAUUCUCUCGGGCUGCAAGGUGACGCACUGCCAAACCACACCGAGUCUGUGGCAGAGCCUGGUGGGUGGAACAACUUCUAUCGCUUCAGGAAUAUUGGACACCACUUGUGAACAAGACGACCAAAGAACCGCGUACCAGCUUCACACCCUGGCACUGGGCGGCGAGUCGAUGGCGCGGUUCUGGCCGAUAAAUGGUUGCUACAAGAACUUACUGAACACCUACGGGGUUACGGAGUGCUACUGCUACCAAACCUUCAAGAGGGUGGAAAGGCUACGGGACACCGGGUUCAUCGGCGAGCCGUUUCCGGGGAAUGCCGUGGAAUUGUGGGAAAGACAGGAUGACGUUGACGAUGAAGACGCGAAGAACGCUAGUAGCACUGAUGGCGAUCGAUUGAAGUCUUCCCGUUCUCCUUUUGUCAGAAGAAGCAUGAUGAACAACAACAGGUUGAAAAUAGCAAAGGAACAAGCUGAAAGUCACACGAAAAAUUCCCUUUCUAUCGGGCCGCGUUCUUGUUCGGACGCGGAAGAGAAAACCGCCGAAAAUCUUCAAAAAGCGUCUCUCCCAUCGCCGCGCUUGGAGAUCGUGAUUGGCGGGAAGCAGGUUGGCGAGUACUUUCGUCCAGAGGUGCUGCAGCCAACUACGGAAGGGGAAGAAGAGCCACAAUCACAAUCACAACCAUGUGGCCGUGAAGAAGCAACCUCCUCGAGCGACUUUCUUGACAUGAUGGACAAAAGUCUCUUCUACCGCACCGGCGACGCAGGAGAAAGAGUGGAAGUAGUUGAUGACAAUGAUGGAGAUCAUUAUACUGACUUCGCAAGAAAAGGAAAAGCAGUAAAAUCCGAAAUCCGCAUUCGCGGGCGGCUCGACUGGCAGGUAAAACUGGGCGGCGUUCGCGUAGAACUGGAAGAAAUCGAAGCGCGAUUGGCAAAAAGUACGGUGUUGACAAAGCUGUUCAAGCUGCUCACCUGUGUGGUGGUACCGACAGAAGGGGUCAGCACAAGAACUUUGCCAGCAGCUAGCGCUACUACAAUAGGCAGUGGCGGGGGAGCGAAUGCCGUGCAACCAAGCACAGCUUCUGUCUCAUCGCCGGGAGCAGGGGACUACACCUUAGCUCUGUGUUUGACGUUGCAGCCGGGGGCCGCCGAUCCUUCUACAAAGAACGACUUCGACUCCCAAGAUCGCUCCCCCAGUGGCGUUCUUGCAGCAUCAUCUCGUUUCCAGGACCUCUUGAGCCACGUUGUCCGGACUGAAGCGGGUAAAAAUUUACCGGCAAAAUGGAUUCCGAAGGCCAUUUUCCUCCUUGACGCGAUGCCGGUCACAUCCAAUGGAAAAGUGGACCGGAAGGGCCUGCAGAAAAAAGUUGUGGAGAGAAGACAAAACAGCUCUACUGCGUCCUUGCCGACGGAAACUGGGCGGUGCUGGCCAAACGAUCUUCCAAGCCGCGACGGUGAACAAGAAGACCAGAGCGAUGAGAAUGCCAGUGAUAUCGCCCACCACGACGGCGACAACUUAUCGAAAACCAAAACCGAGCGCCUUAUCGCGACCAUUUGGAAAGAGGAGCUAGGCGUUUUCUCCAUCCACCGCGAGGACAACUUCUUCCUGCUUGGCGGCGACAGCUUGGCGGCCUUGCGGGUGUGUCGCCGGAUCAUUGGCUUGGUGUGUCCCGUAUCAAAUGUAAAAAUGUCUGGGUCUGGAAUAUUGCGAGAUUUGUCAUGCUGUUUUUCCAUGACCCAUGAGGUCUGGAAUGCAGGACCUAGCAUGACAGACUCUGCGAGACCUUUCUAAUGCCUAUCCUGCAUGAGAAACUAUCUCCCGACUUGGUCAAAACUGGACGACUUUUGGUAAUCAUGCAACACAGACUUUUGCACGAUUCGGAUUUAGCAUGACAAGUUGCAAUCUUCCAGACCCAGACAUUUUUGCAAUGCAUAUCCCGUGAAGGACGGACAGGAGGAGGAGAAUGUCGUGGACGAAUUCGGCACGAUUUUUCAGGUAUCAAAUGUAAAAAUGUCUGGGUCUGGAAGAAUCCAACUUGUCAUGCUGAUUUUGGAUUCUAAAAAAAUCUGUAUUGCGUGAGCAGCAAAGAGAGUCCAAGUUUUGCUACACGGAAAGAGCGUUUGUCAUGCGGUAUAGGCAUCAGGAAGCCCUCGCAAAAUCUGUGAUGCUAGGGCAUGCACCACAGACAUCAGGAGUCAUGCAAAAUGUGCAUGACAAACCUGGCAAUCUUCCAGACCCAGACAUUUUUACAUUUGAUAUCAGAAGGAGCUGACGGUGAAAUUUUUGUGCGAGAACCCCGUGUUGCGGGAGUACGCGAAACGGUUGGAAGGGGUGUUAGUAGCUCGUGGCGAGGAAGGCCGCGAUGGGGAACUGGAUGAAACAAAUCAGGCCGAAAAUCGUGCUGAGAUGAGAGAAUUACUCGCUGGAAUGAGCAAGGAACAGCAACAGACAGAAGCCGGCACUGCUAGUAUUAAAAAAGCGCCAUCAAAAACACGGCCAGCGGUUGCCAACAACGACCAUGUAACGUCCUGGCUGUCCUCACCCCGGAAGGACGAGUUGCUGCAGACUGCGGUGUACUUCAACCUGACGAAUUUUGUCGAGGCACUGCUGGAACAGGAGGAGAAGCAAGACGCUGAUAAUUCACAGCGCCCUGGUUCUGUCGCGGCGCACGCACAUCUUCCUGAAACCUUGCCCGCGAAUACGGCAACGAGUUGCACAUCGUAUGACACGGCAACAAAGAGAAUUGAAGCCACUCCAGCUCCUUCCACUUCAGCGACAACAUUGACUCCACCUUCAACCACUCGUCCCACCUUCUUCCCCAAAACCCGAGCUGCAAGCGAAACAGUAGCUGCAGAAACUGAAAGAACAGAAGUUGUCCCACCCCCACCACCACCAGCCUCUCGUCGUCUAAAACGCGAGCCCUCCACCACCCCGCUGCACGUCGCCGCCCAGCAGGGGUAUCGGGAGAUAGUAAGGGUAUUGCUCGCGGAUCCGAGAACGAAGAAAAUGCGCACGCAUGUGGAUAAGAACGGGGCGCUGCCGCUGCAUUUCAGCGCGGAUAAAGAGAUUCUGAGGGACUUGCUGGUCGAGGAUAGUACUGCUGCUGUUGCAGCCACUCCGAGGUCUGCAAUAAAUCGCCAUCCAGAUCGAGAUCAUGAAAAAUCUUCGCACCCUACCGAACAAGGUAAGACCGGGGAAAAAGCAAAAGUACAAACUUCUACCCCGCCACCCAGCAAAACCUCCCUCCUCACAGCGCGGGACAAAAACCGGCAGACGUUGCUGCAUUUUCUGGCUCGGAGAGGUGACGCGGAAACGCUGGAAGCUGUUUUGUUUGGAGAUCAUAACAGGCAGAUGGCCGGCGGGAAAAACAUCAUUGCUUCACCGGCGGCCACUGUUGCGACAAGCUCCUUGAAGAAGACAGCUCCCGCCGCAGCUCUUGCAGCACCAUCGCUACAACUUCCUAGCAAAGUAAAUCCGAGCGACGAAGUUGUAGACGACGCAGAUCCCCUCCUCUGGCCCGAAAAGACCCUCCACUACUUCACCUCCCGCGUCGAUUGGCGGGAUAAGUGGCACCGAACGCCGUUGAGCUGGGCGAUUUUGAACCACCAGGAGGCUUGUGUCCGAUUGCUACUGAAAGCCGGCGCGUGCGUGCACGGGAAGAUUAAGGAUAGGAAGCAUGCGAAGGAGAGCCAUUUGGUGAAUGAAUCGCCGGCGGAACUGGCGGAACGGGUCGGGUUUGACUUGGAGAAGGUGAUGUUGGAGAUGAGGUUGUAAGGAAGACGCUUAGCAGAACUGGUUCAAGGUAUGCACCAAGGCAUCUGCUCUUUAUCAAUGCAAGUCGUCCGAACCAGACGGAUGAGAUCUACGAACCUCACGUGACAAGGAAGACGAAGCAGAGGACGAUCAAUCUACACCUGCCACAAAUUUAUAUGACUGCUCUGCAAGAAGUGCUCGAAUACUUUUAAUAAGUAAGUGUUUUCUUCUUGGUUGUAGGAUCAGGACCCAGUUUACUUGAAGUUUGCCGCAUCGUGAGAGUGGGGGUCCUUUCUCCACCGCAACAGGCGGGGCAAAAAACUCUCACAAGUCGGAUCUCGUUGUAAAGAAAGGUUGUUCAUCACCC